AUGUCAAAAACACUCUGUUCAGUUCUCAAUUCAAAAAUUUGUGAGAAAAAAGUUUAUUUAUCUGAUGACAAUGAAAGCUUAAUUUCAACAGCACUUUUUCUUGUUUGGACAAAGACAGAUAAAAAUAUUGAUCUGUGUACUUUCGAGCAAGAUAGAGUAAGAAUGUCAUAUAAAAAAAAUGAAGGUCAUAUAUAUUUUGAUCUGGAGGAAUCAUUGUCAAAUUUUACAUUUAUCGAUAAGGAUAAUCUGGCUGAACUUCAGCAUUACAAGUCUCUAUAUGAAUCAUAUAAAAGUAAAUACGAAUUAGUUUUGAAUCAUAAUGUUAAAUUAAAGUACUCUACUCCAGUAAUGGCAGAAAAUACGCGUUCAAGUAACACAGCUGGUACAGCUGAUACUGAUUCUAAUGUUGAUGAAUCCUUAAAACAAUUGUUAAAUUAUUCAACACCCGAACAUUCUCCCUUUGAAUCUUCAACAUCAACUCCUCAUUCAUCAUUAUAUCACGAGUCUAAUAACUUAGAACUUGCCCACAUUAUAAACUGUGAUUUGGCAAUAAACAAUUUCCCAACUUUUGAUACAGCAGAAAAUAUUUGGGCAAAUUUAAAUCUGCGAUGUAUUGAAAAAUUUGGUAAUCAAAAUCACAUAAAAAAUAAUAUUACUAUUUCAGAUAUAACGUGGACCAGCAUGACAUUGCCAGCUUAUUGCAGCUGGAAUACGAUGAAAGAUUAUUAUUAUUAUAUCGAUAGCUGGAUGAUAAAAAUUAAUAAUUUCUGUAAUAAUAAUUCUCAGACUGCUGAUAUUGCAAAUUCAGACUCUAUAAUAGAAGAAUCAAACUACCAUAAAACUAAUGAAAGUGCCGAAUCAAAUUCACCUCUACAAGCAUCACCUGUAGCUAAUAAAAGUGAUGAACUGAAUGCGCCACUGGUAGCUAAUGAAAAUAAUGAAUUGAAUUCACCUUCACAAGUGUUACUGAUAGCUAAUAAAAGCGCCGAUAAUAAAAGUACUAAAUUGAAUUUAUCUAUACAAGCUCCACCGGUAGCAGUACCGGAAAAAGUAUCAGUAGAAGUACCGUCAACAAAGGCACCAACACUGAAAUUAGCAGAAAAAGUAUCCAGUGCAGAAGUGUUUGUAGUAGUAGAAACACAAACUUCAAAAAUGAAAAUGCAGGUAGAAUCACAAGCAUUAGUUUCAGAAGUGUCAGAAGAAUCUCAAGAAUUAGCAUCUACAUCAACAUCAUUAGUAUGA